AGCAGGGUUUUGGUGUGCCCUCGGAUCAACAGUGAAUGUACUACGUGUCACGGCUCUUCUCCUAACUUUUCUGUGAACAAUUGCAAAGGGAACAACAAUUGUAAGAAGCAGGUGCCAGUAUGAGAAGACAAGGAACUGCCUGUGUGGAAAGCAACAAAGCUGAGACACAGCAGGUGGAAAAGCCGUGUACAGAGGAAACAUGUGAAGCUGCAGAUGAGGAAGAUGAAUUCCCACAUCCCAUCCCAUGGCAAAAGAUUGAGGCGCAGGAGCUCGACUGUGACUACGGCUUACUUUUCUCCAAAGAAGAAGCCAGCAGGCUUUUCAUGCAGCUAGAGGAAGAGGUGGAGUACUUUACAGGUGAAGAAGCAAAGCUGCAGGUGUAUGGGAAGACGUACAGCGUUCCCCGGAAGCAGGCGACUUAUGGAGAUGAAGGACUGGUGUAUUCUUUUUCUGGAGUUCAUCUUGCAGCCAGAGUCUGGACGCCAACCCUAGAAUAUAUCCGUGACGCCACCACCAACGCCACGGGGCACACCUUCAACUUUGUCCUGAUAAACAGGUAUAAAGACGGCGAGGAUCACAUCGGGGAACACAGGGACGAUGAGCGGGAGUUGGACCCUUCGUGUCCCAUUGCCUUGGUGUCUCUUGGAGCUGUGCGUGACUUCGUGUUCAGGCAUAAAGAUGCUCGUAAAGAGCCAAAAAAAUGUCACAUAGAGCCUGUGAAACUGGAACUGGCCCAUGGGAGCCUUCUUCUCAUGAACUCUCCUACUAACACGUAUUGGUAUCACAGCCUCCCAGUGCGGAAAAAGGUGAAGACGCCGCGCAUCAGUCUUACCUUCAGACGCAUUAUUAAGGGUCGCCAGAAAAGGAAAAAGGAGUGACCUUUCUGUAAAUCUGAGUGAUUUUCUGUAAAUAUGUUAGUGUGUGAUUGAAGAGGUUGUCUUGUAUCUUACAGAUAACGCACCACAAAAUUCUGUAGCUAAUAUUCAGCUAGCUUAAUGGCUAAUUUGCUGUUAGCAAGAUAGCUCUGUUUGUAAAUUAACGCACCUUACAGGGACAUUCUGCUAGAUGUUACAACUUAUGAAAUUAUGGAUUAUUUCAUUACACGACCAUUUGAAUCCAAUUUGCUCCAAAUUUCCAGUGUUAAAACUGAUAUGUUUGUACUGUAAUUUGUGGGAUUCCACAAGACCCAGGAAAAAUGUCAGGAGAACGUGUGGUUUUAACUUUCAUGUAAGUGGAAAAGGCCACAUUCACUAACAUGGGCGCGUGAUGGACACGGCAGGUUGCUCAUGCAGCCCUGCUCAGUGCGUCUACUCAUCUUCAGUCAGAUUUUUCUUUAUUCUAGUCAGGGUCACUGUGGUUUAAAUGAUUAAUUAGUUUAGAUUUUGGGAAAUGGAACUAACUAAGCUCGUUAAAAAAUAGCACAGGUGAGUACAAAAAAAAAAUAGCUACAGGAGUGAGCAGAAUUUUAAAAAUGGUCCCAUGUGAGCUCUGGCUCGUAGUGCAUUAUGGCUAAAACACACCAACGAAAGCACUGUAUAAACAAACAUUCUGAUCAGGAAGAAAUAACACAACACAUUGUCUUUUGAGAUGUAGUAAGAACACUAAGCAGAUUCUGAUAUUUCUAUCAAAAAACAUUUAAUGGAAAUUUAUCCCACAUGGUGCGUAAUGUUUCUUCUUUUUUUUUUUAAUUCAGUGCACUGCUGGGUAUUAAUGUGGUCUGUUAGACCCCCAUGUUUAAAUGCUGUGUUAGAUUAGACCCCAUGUUUAAAUGCUGUGUUAGAUUAGACCCCAUGUUUAAAUGCUGUGUUAGAUUAGACCCCAUGUUUAAAUGCUGUGUUAGAUUAGACCCCAUGUUUAAAUGCUGUUUGCCUAAAAGGCAGUUUGAUGGUCUAGUGAACAAAGGAACAGAUUCAAGGUUAUUCAAAGGAAAUUUAUUUUUUAUAAAACCAAAAACUACAUGUGGAAUAAAUAAAUGAAACACAACCAUACUUCUGUACAAGACAUUUCUAAAGCAGAGUGAAAAAUAAUGGUCCCAAUGAGUACAUUUUUCGCUAAAAGGUUCAAAGAUUGAACUACGAGAAGGCAAUAUUUUGGCGAAAUAUUGUGGCAAAAAAAAAAAAAAAAUCAAGUGUAAUAACAAAAAUGUUAUCGUAUAAA